AUGCAGUUCAACCGGGCCGGUGAAAGAACGGACGGAGGUGCACCCCUACUGCCUAUGCGGCGUCACCCCUACGACGGGAACAACACCGACCAGCUGCCCUCUCGCCUCAUGGAGGGUCAGUGGCAGAGAUCCAUGGAAGUGCUGAAGGAGAAGCUGCAGGAACUGGGUCUCUUCAACGUCAAGUCCUGGGCUGGCGAUAUGCAGCAAAUCAAAGCAGCAGGUCGUCCAAUGCUGCCCAAAACAAGCAAUUUUGCUCCACCAAGUGGUCCCCUAGGGCCCAUGCCUCGGAUGCCUGCAGGAGCGAAGCCAUUGCCUCAGGGACAGCAACAG